AUGACGGAGACUCUUAUAACCGAUUUAUCUUCUCAAUAUGAAGAUACGAUUGUGAAUUCGAAUGAUGGAACCAAUGAUCAAGUAGCUGUUCCACUUGUUGUUGUUGAUGCAAUAACAUCAUCACCGAUUAGAAAAAAUCUAGUUGUUAUUCCAUCAAUAUCUAAUAAUUCGAUAUCAAGUGUUAUACAAAAUGUGAAUAAUAAUACAUUGUUACCUGUUUGUACGUCAAACAGUCUCGGCGACCUCAGUUCGACUCCUUUGCUUCUGUUAGAUCAUCCGACAUCGAUUUCACCAAUACCACAAAUACCUAAUCAACAAGAUGAAACGCCAAUUGUACCGACAACAUUUAUUCAAUGUCGAUCAUUUCCAUCGAGUAGUUCAUCGUCGUCAUCAUCAAAGUCUUCAACAUCAAGUCAAUCACAACAGGUGCCAAUAGAACACGAACCCUUGAAAAAUGAACCUGACGAUGAAAUAAAACCUCAAAUAGUUUUAACGCCAAAAAAAGGGCCAGCACCUCCUCGACCACCUGUAGAACCGUUACCAUCAAAACGUACAGUAUCUCAAUCUACAGGUGAGAAUAUUUUUCAUUCUGAAGAAGAUAAAUAUUCUACUGAUCAACAUCAAUCUCGACGAUUAUUAAAUCGACAAAAUCAUCAAAGACAUGGUAGUGCUGAUCUUUUAUGUCGUCAAAUAAAUCACGAAUAUAUGAAUCGAUCGUCGACAACCAACGCAUCAUUUUACCCAUCAGAAAAUUUUAUUCCUAAUCAAGCUAAUUAUUAUGAUUAUGAUCAAAAUAUUUCCUAUGUUGAUCAAUUAGAACAUGAAUUAAAAAUAACGAAAGAACAAUUAAAUGCAACCAUGAAAAGUAUUAAAACAUUUUGGAGUCCAGAAUUAAAAAAAGAACGAACAUUAAGAAAAGACGAAUCAUGUCGAUAUCAAUUAUUAGUUAAUGAACAUCAAAAACGCACUAAACAAGAUACACAUAUUCAAUUGCUUGAACAACAAUUAAAACAAAUGCGUGAUGAACUUGAAAAAUCUCGUCAUAAUCAACAUCAUGAGUUAACGUCUAUUCCAUCAACAUUUUCCAUUCCAGAACAUUCGUCCAUUGAAACAAAUACAAAUUCAAUUUUACAAAAACAAUACCAAGAUGUUAAAGAUAAAUUAGAGCAACGUAUUAAUGAUCUGCAUUUAAAAGAAAAUGAAUGUGUUACACUUAAAGCUAAAGUUGAUACAUACGAAAGCAAAGAAAAAGAUCUACAACAUUAUAUUAGUAUACUAAAAGAAUCAAUUACAAUCAAAGAUCAACAAGUUAAUAUGAUACAAUCCGAGAUAAAUGAUCUUCGAGCAAGACUUAAAGAAAAAGAUACAAUUAUUGAAAAGAAAAAUGCUAAAAUUCAAUCUACACGUCUUGAUCGUCAACAAUGCGAAUAUGACUUACAAGAGUGUAAACAACAAUUAGAUAUUCGUGAUAGAAAAAUAAAUGUAUUGAACAGAAAAAUUGAAAAUCUUGAAGAACAACUGCGUGAUAAAUCAGCACAAAUAGCUUUAGCACGUGCAAAAUUAACAGCUGCAACAACAACAACAGCAUCAGCCAUCAAUGUUCAACAACAAACAUCAAUAACAACAAAUACACUUGUAUCAAAUCUGGAAACAACUAUUGCAGAAAAAGAACGUUUCAUUGAGAAAUUACGAGAACAAAAACAUACAGUAGAUAUUGAACAUCAAGAAGAAUUAGAACAAUUACAAAAAACUUUAAAUGAAACAAGAUUAAAACUCGAACAAAAAGAAAAAGAUUAUUAUGAAGGACAAAAUCAUAUAAUUGAAUUAAACGAACAAAUCAAUAAUGCUAAGUCACUUCUGCAACGUCGUGAAACACUUAUUCAAACUCUCGAACAACAGAUAAUAAAUUUAAAACAAGUGAAAAUUGAUUCAGGGGAUACAGCUAAAUUGGAAUAUGAAAAUCGUGCAUUACAAGAUCGUUUAUCAUCGUUUGAACUUGAACGUACAGAAAUGAAACGAGAAAUCGAAUGGAUGCAACAAGAACUUGAACAGCAAAAACCAUUAUCGAUACCCACAAAUAAUGAAUCGAUGGAACAAGAACAACAGUAUGAAUUAGCAAUAAAUAAAAAACAACAACGUAUUGAAGAACUUGAACAAGCUGUUCGAGAAAGUUUACAAAUAACAACUGAACGUGAAUAUGCAAUGACACAACAAAAACGGAAAGUUGAAAAUUUAGAAAAACAGAUAAAAACUCUUCAAAAUGAAAUUGAACAUUUACGCAAUGAGAAUAAUGAACAAUCUCAAAUAAUGUCACAAUUAGAAUUAGAAUUAAAUGAACGUAGACGGCAAUAUGAACAAAGACUUGAAGAACAAAUAAAACAUCUUGAUAAUGCUUUUAUUUCUCAACAAGAGAAAAUUUUAGCUGAAUUAAGUGAAAAAGAUUCUCGCAUAGCUGACUUAGAAAUGGAUCGCACAAGUAGCGGUGCAUCAAAUCGUGCAAAUACAAUCGAAAAAUUAAAUACAGAAAAACAACAGUUACAUAAUCAACUCAAGGAACUCACGGAAAUUCGAAUGAAAAUAAUUCAAGACCAUAUGGCUUCUAAACAAGAAUAUGAUGAUAAAGAAAAAUUAGUAUCAUUUUCACCAGUCGAUGUUACUGGUAAUGUUUCUUGA